UACUGGAAUCUGAGUUUGACAGGAGUGUAGGAGAAGAAGUGUGUUCCUCGUUAUAGAAUCUCUCUCUCUCAUCUUCUCAUCUUCUCAUCUCGUCUCUCCUUCUCUUCGUUCAUUCCUGGCAACACAUAACAUAACAUAACAUUACAUUACAUGCAACGCCUUCCUUCCAUGACACCAACAACAAUGGCCAUCUCAAACUCCAUACCAACAGCAACAGCAGCACCCUUCCCUCCCACCUCCCAACACCAACACCAACACCAACAGCACCAUCCCCAGCAGCAAAAACUCCACAUAAACCCACAUCGCACCCAGCACCACCAUUCAUCUAACCAUUUCCCCGCCUCUAAACCCGCCACCAGCACCCAACAAGAAGAUAUCCUACGACCGCGUUUGCGACCCGCUCACAAACAUCUGCGUCCCAUCCGCACAACUCAUAUGCAAGAUCUGAUCACUCCGUCCAGCGCUGUUGCUGCCUUUGGGUUUCCUCUAUUCCGCGCUGAUAAUGGGGUGGUGAAAGAGAAUGAGAAUGAGAGAGAGAAAGAGGAGGGGGAGGAUGUAUGGAAGGAGAUGGUUAGAGAUUUGGUGGAGGGAACCGGAAAGGUGAUGAGUGUUGUUAGAGGGUGGUUUGCGAAGUGAAACCGCUUUGAAAAAGAGUUUGGUUGAUAUCUUAAAUUGGAAAAGCAUUAAGAUGGUGUCUAGGUAAAAAUUGGGGUUUCUCGGAGUUUGGGGG